AUGACAUUUCUAAUUAGAAGUUCCAUAAUUGGCCAAUCAGUUCAUGGGAAACAACAUAUUUUACAUAGACAAACAAGGAAUUUAAUAAUCAAAUCAUGUCUUGUGAAUUCAAGAAGAUACCCUUUGCAACCAAAUUUGCAUAAUAAUAUCAAUGGAAAUACAAUAAACUAUUCGUUGGUCAAAUCGUUGGUCAGAUUCAAUUCUAGCAAGAUUACUCCUUCAGACAAGCCUAAACAAGAUCUGCCGGAAAAGGUAGAAGAUAAGGCUUUGGAAACGCUAGAGAAAUCACCAACUACUGAAUUGGUCAAAAAAGUAGAACCUGAAGAAAAGAAGAAAUCCAUUUGGGAAAAAGUCAAACAUGAAGCUCAACAUUAUUGGCAUGGUACUAAAUUAUUAGGUUAUGAAAUCAAAGUUUCUACUAAAUUAUUGAUCAAAUUAAUGGCUGGUUAUGAAUUAUCCCGUAGAGAAUCAAAUCAAUUACAAAGAACUAUUGUUGAUGUUGUUAGAUUGGUUCCUUUUGCCAUGUUUGUUAUUAUCCCAUUUGCUGAAUUAUUAUUACCUGUUGCUUUGAAAAUUUUCCCAAAUUUGUUACCAUCAACGUAUGAAUCAACUGUUGAUAAACAAAAGAAAUUGGCUAAAUUAAAGAAAACUAGAAACUCUGCUUCUGAAUAUAUCAAAAAGACCAUGGCACAAAGUGGUGGUUUGAAAUUACUGAAGAAAAUUACUGAUCAAGAAAAGGAAAAUUUCGUUGGAUUUUUCCAUUGCAUUUCAAUGGGUAAAAACCCAAGUCGUGAACAAUUGAUUCAAGUUGCUAGAUUGUUCAAAAAUGAUCAAGUUUUGGAUAAUUUAUCUCGUACUCAAUUGGUUGCCAUGUGUAAAUACAUGAAUUUAAGACCAUUUGGUACUGAUUCCAUUUUGAGAUAUCAAAUCAGACACCGUUUGUUGAACAUUAUUAAAGAUGAUAAAGUUAUUGAUUAUGAAGGUGUUGACACUUUAACCAUUCCUGAAUUACAAUUGGCUUGUUCCCAACGUGGUAUUAAAACUAGUGAUUCCUCACCAGCUAAAUUGAGAGAUGAUUUGGAAACUUGGUUGGAUUUAAGAUUGAGACAAAAGAUUCCAAGUACUUUGUUGAUUUUGGCUAGUGCUUAUACUUAUGGUGACAAGAACCAUUCUAUUGAAUCCUAUUAUGAUGCAUUAUUAGCUGUGUUAUCAUCUAUUCCUGAUGAAGUUUAUAAUGUUGCUAAAUUGGAAUUAUCUGAUGAUUCUAAAUUGAAAUUGAACAUCUUGAAGGAACAAGAAGAAAUGAUUGAAGAAGAAAAUCAAAGAGAAAAGGGUACUGUUAAUAGAGUUAAGGAUGAAAUUAAAUUAGAUGAAUAUGAAGAAACUGCUAGUGAUGGUAUCAAGAUUGAAGAAGACAAACCAGAAGAAAAGAAAAAAGAAGAAGAAUUGAAAAAGGAAGAAGCUGCCAAAGAAUUAAAGGAAGCUGUUAAAGAAGACAACAAAGCAUAG